ACUCCGGCGCAUGUUUUGUAUCCCUUCCUCGCUGAGCUGUCCGCCUCUCUCUGACUACUGUCCACACACCGCUGUCUCACUGAAAUGCAUACCUGUGGUCGGUUGGGUUUCCUCAUCUGCCCGGCAUACAAACGACAUAAAAGCCUGACUGAAUGCCUCUGGGACAACGGCUGUUGAUCACAAGAGCAGUGAGAAUCCUGGAUCUCCGACUGUUUACUUGGGUGUCGUGACAUGUGCUCACAGCCUCCCUGCGUCCUUACAUUGAUUGCACGACCCAGGGAUGUCUCGUCCUGCUCCGUCUCCCAUCUACACCCUGAGGGGGGCUGGCGGGCCCCUCAACACCCUCCACUUUAGCUGCCAUGGAGGGGACACUCCCCUCCUAUUUUCUGGGUCAGGGAAGGGUGCCAUCCAUAUCUGGAACCUGAACACCAGGAGGCCUGAGAGGAUUCUGGAGGGUCAUUCUGGAAGCUCGGUCAUCUGGGUCAGCACAGUGCAGGCUAGAGAUACCCUCAUCAGUCAGGGACGGGACAUGCAGAUCUGUCUGUGGGAUCUGAGCCAAGGUCGCAGUGAGGUGGUGGACUCUGUGUGGACCGGCAGUGUUGGAUUUUGCCAGUGCUCCAUGCUGGAGACGAGCCCUGAAAACUACCUGCUGGCCUUUGCUGGACAACAGACAGAGGAGAUCAAGAUUAUUGAGCUACUCAGUAAGACCCCAGUCUGCACCCUGGUACCUGAUGCUAAGCUGGGGAUGGUCAUGUGUCUCAAACUGUGGCAGCCAGACUCGGGGCCCGGACCUCUCCUGUUGGCUGGAUACGAGGACGGUUCCCUGUUGCUGUGGGAUGUAACCCAGAGGUCCAAGCUGAGCCAAGCCAAAGCCCACCCUGAGCCUGUCAUGUGCCUGACCUUUGACACCGAGCGUCUGAGGGGCAUAUCGGGCUCUUCUGAGAAGAAACUCUCCUCCUGGAUGCUGGACAGACAGAACAACCUGCAGCUCCAGGACUGUGUGACGCUGGUCAACCCUGGGGUUUCCCAGCUGUGUAUCAGGGGGGACGGUAAGCUUCUGGCGUCGGCUGGCUGGGACCAUCGGGUGCGGGUAUUUGGGUGGAAGAAGCUGCGACCGCUGGCUGUGCUUCAGUACCACACUGACAUGGUGCAAAGCGUUGCCUUCUCUGACCACCAGGACCCCAGACAAAGACUGCUGGCUGGUGGGUCCAAGGACCAGCGGAUAAGCCUGUGGUCAAUAUACAACGAGGGAGCUGACACUGGCUGAGCCUUUUGAGCUUUGGGAGGAUAUAUGGACUUUUAAUCAAUACUGUCUUAACCCUCAAUUGCAAUGAUGGUGGUGUGACCCAAAAUGGUGUCAGUGGCCAAAAAUUAGACAAUAGUCCAGAUCAAUGGCUCAAUAUCUAGAUAUAUGGACUAUUAUACCUGUCUCUUGAUAUCAAGGUCUUGGAUUAAUGUCGCCAUCUGGCAGCAAGCGAUAUUGAAGCAUGCAUAAAUAACAAUGGCUUAAUAAAUGUUUUGUUAUUAUUUCACCUGAGCUAUAAAGAUACAGUAGUAAAAUAAUAGAAAUACAUUUAUGUGACACACUUCAAGUUGUUUGCAUUCAUAAAAACAGUAGCAUCCACAAGGAAGCUGAGCUUGACUAGUGACUAACCUGGUGAAUAAAGCGCCUGUUGUCCAUAUCGGUAUGAGUUCAAAAUCAUCCGACACGACGAGCCACCCCUUUUCUUUAUUUUUAAUAGCUAAUGUGCCUCACAUUACGGUAAACAAUGCAUCCUGCUGCAGGAUUCCUGAGAAUAGACACUGGUCAAAUAUGCUGUGCAGCAUAAUAUCCUGAAUAAGAACUGGUGUUUGAAAUCAAUCAUAGCUGAUUAUAUUUAGUUCUUAUAUAAACUAAAAUUACAGGAAUUACUGCAAUUAUUUUACAUAUUGUACAUUUUCUUUAAUAAGACUUUUUCAUGUAGCAGUCAUGAGAGUAUAGAUCUCUGCCCACCAGUAUGACUGCUGUUGGAGACUGUGACAUCAACUGUAGGACAAUAAUGAGUGUGCAAUUAAUGUGAAGAUCAUAAAACAUAAAGUUAAGACAGAGGCCUCAUUAUCACAACAUAAUUCAGUAUUUCCAGUGUGUAAACAAAUAUGUACACCUUCAAAUAUUUAGACAUAGUCCAUCUUAAAAUGUGAGGCCAGGUAAAAUAUCUGCUAUAUUUGAAAUAGUUCAUUAGGACUUUUGUAGCCCUCUGUUUGCUAAAGCCUUUUGUGAGGCUCUGUGCAGCUAUGUGAUUGUGUUGACUUAUCUGAUGGGAGUUUUGCUCCAGUGAAUUUGAAUUUGAGGUAUACGACGCACCUGAGCAGCUAUGUAAUCUUGUGUUGUUAUUCUAGCAGUUCUUGGCUUAACACACAGGCCCUCCAGCCUGACCUGAGCAGUAUUUGUCAAACAAGGUUAAUCACAGCAGGGGCAUAAAGAACAGAGAGCUGUUGGUUUAGUGGAGGUGCUGAUCUGCAGAUGCUCUCCUUGGUCCAGGCUCUCCUUGAUCUGUUUAGAAGCUGAUUUUGUUUUUCUUAAGUAUUAACUCUUAGAAAAUCAAAAAGAUCAGAAAGAAUGAGGAACUAUACAUUAACUGCUAAAGAAUUUCAAAUAAGUAGUUAAGUAAAUAAUAAAACCAUUGUUAACUCCUGCAUUUACUCCAUACGUAAUGCUAAAUACAGAUGUCUUUUUUAAGAAACUGACAUUUGUCAUGAACAAGGCCAAGGGUCUUGUUGUGAAAGUCCCAGGGAAGAUAGAGAGGUGUUGUUUUUCUGUCCACUGUCUCUAAUAAUAUUUCUGUGUCAAUGAGCAGCAUGGGAGCUUGUGUGUUACAACACCGUGCCGAGAGGCCGGGGGCCGGGGCUUCAAACGUUAGACAUUCUGCUUCAUAAAGGCUUUGUCUCCUGGGAUGACCCCAAGUUGAGAAGCUCAUCAUGCCGUACAGGAAAGGCCUGAGAAAUCAAAGGGCCAGACUAGCAUAAUGGCCACGAAUCAUUAGCAAACAGAGGAAAGACAAGGUCAUUCGCUAGACAAGCUGCCUUGCUGUGUCGCUACUGGAAAAAGAGUCUGUAACUGCAGGUUUUGUUCGUUUUCUUGCUUAUAUUCAAAUGUAUUUUUUAGAUGUUUGUACUUGUUAAAAACCCUCUGAUGUAAUUUUAAAAAAAUACAUGGAAUAAAACCUUUUUUUUUCAC